CUUGUUCAGAGUUGACGCUGGUAUAAGGGGUAUCAUAUUAAGACGACCAAGCUUUGUAUAAUAAUGAAGAGUUUAAGUGUUCUAGUGGUUCUUUGUUUCGCUAUCAACUUAUCAUUUUCUCAGGUAAGUGGAAAAUUAUUAUCACUUGAGUGUAUUUCUCAUAGUAUUACAGGGUGUCCCCAAAAAAAUGCAAUAUAUAGCUAUGUUCUAGAUUUUUCACACAGGUCAUUAGUAAGCAUGUAAUCUAAUUGAAGAGAUGAAUUUUGACACUAACGCCCGUAUUCUAAAAGCUCACUCACACUCACUGAGUGGAGGUUCAAUCUGAGCUUCCCUUGAGUGUCAAUGCUAUUCUUGAAUAGCUGGAGGGUGACUAGUCACAUUGUACGCUAUGGCACUAACCCUCCAGCUAUUCAAAAACAGAAGUGACACUCGAGAAAAGCUCCAAUUGAACCUCCACUCCUUGAGUGUGAGUGAGCUUUUAGAAUACGGGCGUAAGAUUAUUGAAAUCGGCCUAGUAGAACCAGUGUUAUAGUAAAGUAAGGGGUCAUCAAACCUAUUGGUCUAUUGGGUGAACAGCCAUAACUUUGGUUUUUGUAGACCAGUGUUAAUUUUUAGUGUCAAAAUUCAUCUCUUAGAUUAGAUUUUCGAUGCCUACUAAUAAUUAGCUGUGUAGAAAUCUGGAACAAACCUAUUGCAUUUUUUGGGGACACCCUGUACUAUUAUAAAUCUCCAGAAGUUUGUAGGUUGAUCUAAUAAAACGUGAAAUCGUCUCCUCAAUAUGAUGGCUGUAUAUAUAUAUAUUUAUAGACGUAUAUAUAUAUACUUAAAAUAAUGACGUAUAAUCUAAAUAUAUAUAUUUUGGGCAGUUUCGAAGUAUUUUCUGAAUACAAAGUUAUAAAAUGUCGGGGAAAAGAGAAGGCUAAACAGUUAUGAAAGCCAUAAUUGGCAUAAAUCACCAAACUGGGUGUGUAUAACUGGGAACUGGUAUAAAGAGUUAUACAUUACGGUGAUUGUAAACCACUAAACUGAGACAUAAGUAUAGCUUUCCAUCUCAGCUGAUAUAGUCAGAAAAGAUUAAAAUAUCUUGAUUAAUGCUAUGAACGCUAUAUUAUGUUAAAAUACUCAUUAAUCAAUAAUCAGUAAUUCAUAAACCUUGUGGCAAAUCAUGUCGGCCAUAAUAUGUCACGUGGAGUGACUUUAUAUCUGAUAAAGCAUGCGGCAUUAUAUAUAAUUGUUCAUCCUAAUUAGUAAGAUUAUAUAAUGGUUCAUCCUAAUUAGUAUUCUUUUGUAGUCGUAUUUUAAGCUAUUCAAAACACUCGUUGUCGUGUUUUAUCAGACAUAAAACGCUCGGCUGCGCCUCGCGUUUUAUAUCUGAUAAAACUACACUCCUACUCGUGUUUUAAAUAGUACUUAUAAAUUUCAUUGUGUCCUGUAGGUAUUCAGACGUUGUGAACUGCAAGUGUACAGUGAAGGAUUGCAGUGCAAAUGUUGUAACAUCAACAGUUAUCUAUGUUCUCAUCACUGCUGUCCACUUACACAUAAAUGUAGUAAGUUAUCCACUAAUAUCCACAGAAAAAUUUAGACAAUGAUAUCUAUAUAUAAAACAUUAAUGUAGGUCAUCCAGACAUCCACUAAUAUCCAAUUAUCCACACAUAAACGUAGUUGACGUUACCCAUUACUAUACUAUCUAUAUAUUAUAAUAUGUAGUAGGUCUAUUGAUAUCCAGAUAUAGUAGAUAUAUCCCACAUACACAUAAUUGACAUAAAUGUAGUAAGUUAUCCAUUAAUAUCCCUAUAGUUUACUUUUGAACAAAACACACCACUGAUAUAAAAUUUAAUUUUCCAACCUGCAAACAGGCAUAUUCUGCCUUAGAAAAUUAGGGAAUUCAUUACGGCCUGCCGAUGUUUUACUCUACGCCCAUUUUGAGAAAAAAGCUGGAGAUGGCCAUUGAGAAUUGAAUAAAUGGAAAUGAUUCUACCAUAACAUAUUUUACCAGUUCAUGUCCAGUCAUAUUGAACAUCGCCGAGUGUUGCUCUAUCAUGGAACUUUCAUAAUUUCCACAUUAAUAUUGACAGAACGGCAACAAUUCAGAUUGCAUUAGUUCCAACCUUUCAAUUAUCCAUAGUAAAUAUAAACAUGGUGAGAAAGGCCGGUGAACUUCGAAAUGUUUACAAUCGAAUUCCAACUGAUGUCGAAAACAACUUGGACAAAUCUUAUAUACUUUGUCUUUGAGCUCACCGCCUCGCGUGGCGUCUAGCUCAGCAUGUUUCUCUCGUGUGCAGAUAGUUUUCGUGAGGAUUUAACCUCUCGAGGUCGUGUUAGUGAUAUUUUUUACCUCGCAAGGAAAAAAUCUCGACGUCGGCGGAUGUUGCGAGCUUAGUUGCUUGAAUUAACUAGCCAAUGAGAAUCCAUAGUUUCUUCAUGUGACUUUGGUCAAAAUCGUGACAAUGGAGAAUUAAUGCAAACGAUCUUAUCAACGAUGUUGCUGUUGGUGAAAAUGCUACAGCUUACCCUGGGUGCCAGAGAUUCUUCCACGCUCGUAAAGGGGGAUAAUAGAGGAUAGACGGGGAUCCCGUCUAUUUAACAGUUAUUCUACGAACUCGAGUCGAAUAUGAGCUGAUAGCCGAUGAGGCGCGUAGCGCCGAAUCGGCUAUUGCUCAUAUUCGACGAGAGUGAGUGGAAUAACUGUUUUAUUAUAUACACAAGGUCUGAACUCACAGACUUUGCUUUUCGCGGAUAUUUUCAAUAUUUUUCUAUUUUGUUUAUGUUUUUAUCUUCGCUCUUUCGGCCGACUAUUUUUUCAAAAAUAUAUAUUUUUAACCAUUUUAAAUUUUAAAAAUUCAUUUGCUAACCUGUAAACAAUUUGUGGGAGUUUUUUCAUUGUGUUUUUAAUCCUGUAAAGGCUAUAAAAAGCGAACAACUUGUCGUUUUCUCGUUCGCAAACGUCGGAAAUUCAGUUUGAGCCGCCAUUUUGUUUUUCUCCACUAGCAAGAUAUGAGCUAAUAUCCUGCUAGUAGAGAACCAAUCAGAUUGAAGAAUACCUCAUAUCCAGACCUUGUGUAUAUAAUAACGUCUAUUAUCCCCCUUUACGAGCGUGGACCCAGGGUAGCUCCGGCUGAGCUAGCUCAGCAAGUUUCUUUCGUAUGCGGCAGGCUUUAAUAUUCAAACAUUACAAGCAUAAGGUUUCAAUAGGAUGGUCGCUUCAUUAUACAGAAAAACAAUUCGUUCACUCACCAUUGAAAUGCACAAAUUUCCAUAAACGUGAAUAGCAUCAAGUCUAUCAAGAAUAUCAUGCGGUCGUUGCAAGUUGAACUAGCCCUAUAACAAAAACAUAAAACAAAGAAUUCAGUCGGCGAAGCCAUGUCUAUUUUGUAUAAAAUAUACUGAUUAUCCAAUCAAACUACAUAUUCACUAACUGUGCUUUCAAUACAGGACACGGACGUCGCCCGUGGUGUGAAGGUCCUGGUUACUCGGACGAAAACCCUGGGGACCGGACACAAGCUAUAGAUAAAGAACGCGCUGAUUAUGAUGAAUGUGAUAAUGAUCAGGCCAAAAGGCGAGUUAUAUAUUGAAAUAUUUACAAGUAGUGGACAGUAUGGUAGCAAAACUCAUUGGGAACUGAAGCUAGUUGAACACUGCCAAAAAAUAAGACAUAUUUGGUGGGACUACAGUCUUGGAUAAACUGCCCCCCCCCCCUCCCCUAUAGACAUGCCAAUAUUGCAAACUUAAUGUUCAUUGAUCGACAAAACAAUCUUCGUCACGCCUUUUCCCCAGUUCAAUGUUGUGAACAACUCCAAAACAACUUUUGGUCAUUUACCAUGACACAAGCUCAACAUUAUAUUGGGGGAAUGAGGGCUUGCACGGAAUUUAUCAUAAUGGAUAUGCCAAUAUUGCAAACAUAAUAUACCAUUGAUCGACAAAACAAACUUCGUCACGCCCUCUUCCCCAGUUCAAUGUUGUGAACAGCCCCGAAAUAACCUUUGGCCGUUUACCAUGACACAAGCUCAACAUUGAGUUGGAGAAGUGAGGGCUGGUAUGGAAUUUAUCAUAAUGGAUAUGUGGAUUUUGUAUGAAGGCAAUGGUAGUCUCGAUUGCAGCGGUACGAUUACGAUUAGCAUUUCUAUAGCACAAAUUUACAUGUGGAUAUAAUCAAAUGCGCCUUACAUCAAGUAUCACGCUUACCUAAUUACAUACUUAUCCAGGACUAUUUUAUCUUUACGACAAUAGACCCUUUCGAUAAUUACGUCACGUAUCUCAUCUUGGCCUGGGAGCCUCAUUCUCAUGUUUCAAGACAAACGGUGAUUGGCUCACAAUUCAUGAGAGCGAGGCUCCCAGGCCAAAACAAGACAUGUGACCUAAUUAUCGAAAGGGUCUAUUGUGAUAGUACUUUCUUAACUGUGUUUAUCCUAACUCACCCUGUCAACUUUUCCUGUGGGAGGAAAUCGGAGACCCAGAGAAAACCCACGAGUUUCGGCAGAGCGUUGACCGACUCUUUUCACAUGAGUGCGUAGCGAGAGUCGAACCCACGAUCAUAGAAUAGGAUCCAUAUAGAAAGGCCACUUACGUCGGAAGCUUUGAAGUUUCUGUCCUCGCGCAUGUCGCAUUACGCAUGUACUGGCUGGCUGCUCCGCCUUCUGGCCAGUAAACUGCAUAUUUUUGCAUAAAAAAACGAGGACACGUUGCACCGCUGAGUGGCCGUUCUGUUACACGGCAAAAAACGCCAGCCUGUAACAAUGUUGUUGAAAACAGGCUUGAACAAUGUUUUGCUGCCAACGUUGUUCACACUUGUCAACAAUAUUGAACAAUAUUGUUGAGCCUGAAUCGGGUGUAACAAUAUUGUUCAAUAUUGUUGACAGCUAUGAACAAUGUGGAUAGCAAAACAUUGUUCAAUCCUGUUUUCAACAACAUGGCGUUUUUUGCUGUGUACUGAUCUUUAUUCUGUGCCACGAUCUCAGAGGUGAAAGGCGCGCAUGCUCUGGCGACUGCCCCAGCGAAGCCCCACACUGCGUAACAUUGUUGGACAGUAUAGUUAAACUCAUGAUAGAGGCAAUGUCGAGGCUAUACAAUUCCGCCAUUCUAAUACAUUUUUCCUCUCUCUAUCUUUUAGCUAUCAAUACCUUCAUAGCCGAAGACUAACAGCAUUUCACGUCAGUCAUAGUGGUGGUUUAUGAAAAACAACGAAACGUACUAAUCAAUGCAUGCUGGGAUUUGGAUGACAGGAAGUGUGAAUGCAGUGUAAUAACGUACUGUAUGAAUACAACAUAAUAUCCUCUUGAGUUGACAUUCAAUAAAAUAUAUAAAAUCUCUUGUUAAUGGCAUUUGACCGUAUUUUCAUUUAGUUUAUUUUUUUAUUGCUUGUCCUUAUUCUAAGCCUUAUCAAUGCCAACCUCGUACCCAGGGUUUCUGCGCUUUCCUGGUUACGAGGUUGUCACUCUGAGGUUGUCAUAUUUGUGUUACAAUUUGAGUCAUUUAAGAAGAAAUGUAAUAUUAAUGUCUUUCUAGUAAAAAACUUCAUCUUGAC